UUACCCCACCUCGUAAACACCCUGGCAGUGGUCGGCCGUCCGAACUCUGGCCAUAUUUGAAUUACUCACUCACGAGAAACAAUAACAAUGUCCCCUUAGGAGUGAACAUCAAGAAUCAAACGAAGCGUAUCAAACAAGAACCGUCCAAAUUCGAAUCCUUCACAAUGUCUCCGCCAGAUGUAGUAGCGGUCACCGAGCUUCUCAACCAGACACCCUUCCGGAUCCUAACGGGUGGAAAGCAGUUAACAUUAGCAUUUGGAGGACUUUAUAUCGCAUCAACAACCUUGGCGGCAAAGCCGUUAUUAAUCUGGGAGACUGAGAAAGGCUACCCUCGCUAUUAUAUUCCAAUCGAGUCUUUGCAUGCCGAUAUCCAGUCUCACCUCGCAAGCUCAUCGCCUGGAACAUCCGUUUCGCUUGCAACUGUGGACACAGUGAAUUGCAAUGGAUCACAAGCAGUUAUUGAACGUCUUACUGUGGGAUCAAAGACGACGCCCUGGGUACGAUUUCUUGAGGGGCCUCUGAAAGGACACAUCAGGUUUGAACGCAGUGAAAUUGACGAUUGGUUUGAGAAUGGCUCUAUAUUUGCAGGCAUCAAGAACCCGUACAAAAGGAUUGACACUGACGCUGUUGCUCAUCACAUUGUUGUCAAAGUCGAUGGCGAAGUGGUUGCGGAGACCAAUGUGGCUGUCUUACUCACUGAAACCAACGCAGGAGAGACAUACUACCUCCCAGCCACAAGCAUCAAGAAUUGGGGAGCUAUUGAAAAGAGUGACCUGAAAACCGCAUGUCCUUACAAAGGAGAAUCGUGGUAUUUCUCUCUCACAGUCAAAGGCCAGAAGCACGAGAACCUGAUCUGGUAUUAUCAAUACCCAACUCAUGAGAGUUCUGCAAUUCAGGGUCUGAUCAGCUUUUACAAGAAGGAUUUCGUCGAGUUAUUGGUCGACGGAGUAAGAACUUGAAAUCCACAGCAUAAACAGCUCAGAAUCUAAAUCCUCAAUAUCAAUGCAAUUGUCAGCCAUAAGCGAGAAUGCCUUGAAUACGAACGAUCUUCGGAUCACUAAUUGCUAGAUAAGGCGUUAAACGUGCUUUUGGGGCUGUUUUGCGUCUUCCUAGCC